GACACGCAACAAAAUGCAUUCAGCUACGAUUCUGAGCUUCCUGCUGCUGGGCAUCUUCGUCACGCUGGCAACUGCCUACAACGGUCAAGACAUCUAUGCGGAGCCCAACUGCGACAUUGUUCAGGAUCACGCUCGCAAGUUCCGCGACAUCUCCGAUCCCACUCACUACUGGGUCUGCCGGGAGGGUCAGGAGAAGGCCGACUACAUUCAGUGCCCCGAUAACUACGCCUUCAUGGAGCCAGAGCAGGACUGCGUCGUCUGGGAGCAGUGGAAGUGGAUCGAGCCAUACACCAAAUAAAUAAACGUUUGCGAUCCAACUUUGUCGUAAAUCGAGAGCA